CUGCAGGUUAGCCACACCCCUUUAUCCCCGCCCACUACUCCACCUAGUAACGGCCUUAGCAACAAACAAGAUGGCGGCUACAGAAGCUGCAGAAGCUUACCUUUCAGCUCAUCACAUCCCUGAACUACUAGAGCAGCUUGCUUCAUGGGUCCUGUACAACACACCUGAUGAUCCUAAAGCAUUCAUCAUAGAUCAUCUCCAGCAAAUGAAAGAAAAGAAAGAAGGACUACCACUACUGGACGAGGAGAACCUAAAGGCAAUGUUUAGGAUGCUGGAUAUCCAGACACGUGGCUAUAUUAGCUUAGAACAGUACACACAUGCCAUGUUGAAUGUUGGACUCGUCAAAUUCAAUAAAGAGCCGAUUGGAGGCCAAAGCAAUAAAAUCACUCAAGAUACCUUCCUUCAUGAGGCCAACAGAGCUUUAAGAAAAGCCAACCAGGCCUUCUGCGAGCCUUAAUGAUAACAGUGAUACACAAAAA